UUUGCUCCAUACACUUGGCGAAAAAAAAUGCAAAAAAAUUGGAAAGUAAACAAAUAUCGUCUGCUAGCUGCUCGUCGUUCCGUGCGCGAAAACUCCACAAAAUGAACUGGAAUAGAGCAUUUUCAACAGUGGCCCUGUGUGAAAAGUUGGUGAGCCAUUGCAGAUGUAACGUUACUCGCUGCCACUUCACCAGGCUUCAGAUUGAGAGGAGAUUUAGCAGCAAUGGGCAGCAGGGUCCCAGGAUAUGCAUCGUCGGUAGUGGCCCCGCCGGGUUUUACACUGCCACGGGACUACUGAAGGGGAAUGCUGCUUGUAAGGUAGACAUCUAUGACAAGCUUCCAGUACCUUAUGGCUUAGUCAGGUAUGGAGUAGCACCUGAUCAUCCAGAGGUUAAGAAUGUCAUCAACCAGUUUUCAACGCUAGCGGAGAGUGAGCGUUGCGAGUACCUAGGCAAUGUGGAAGUUGGCAAACACAUCUCGGUCACAGAGCUCCUUCAAGCGUACGACAUUGUGGUUCUGAGUUACGGUGCUGAAGCAGACAGAGCUCUGAGUGUACCAGGGGAAGAACUCACGGGAGUGCACUCGGCCCGUUCCUUUGUGGGAUGGUACAACGGCCUACCGCAGGAUACUCACCUGAAUCCAGAUCUGAGCGGAGAAACGGCAGUUGUGAUCGGCCAGGGGAAUGUCGCUCUUGAUGUGGCAAGGAUUCUAAUCACGCCUACCAGCAUACUGAAGAAAACGGAUAUAACCCAACAGGCCCUGGAUGCGCUGACCAAGUCGUCAAUAAGGAGGGUCCACCUGAUCGGCAGGCGAGGUCCUCUUCAAGUUGCAUUCUCCAUCAAGGAGCUGAGAGAGAUGACCAAGCUUCCUGGAUGCAGAUCAGAACUCGACCCCUUGGACUUUGAAGGUCUUCAGGAGAGAAUCCCAGAGCUCCCGCGUGCGAGGAAACGCCUCACGGAGCUGAUGAUUAGCACGUCGCAGGAAUCCCCGUCCAUGAGUCAAGACCUCGUCGGGAAGGCCUGGACUCUGACAUUCCUGCGUAGUCCCGUCCAGAUCCUACCUUGCGAGAAGGACCCAAGUAAAGUCGGUGGUAUCCGGCUGGCCGUCAACAAAUUAGAGGUGGUGAAUGGUAAAGAGGAAGCCGUGCCGACAGGAGAAACCGAAGAUAUACCUUGUAGUCUGGUGCUGCGCAGUAUUGGCUACAAGAGCCUCAGCAUUGAUCCCACUGUGCCGUUUGAUGAGCAACGUGGGGUUAUACGCCACAGUGCAGGGAGGGCUAGUGAAGUGAAAGGUUUGUACUGCAGCGGCUGGGUCAAGCGAGGCCCAACAGGUGUCAUUUUGUCCUCCUUGAAUGAUGGCCGGGAGACUGCCAAGACGAUCCUCAGUGACCUGUCUGACGGCUCCUUGGAUGUCACAGGAGACAAGAGAGGAUGGGAGGAGGUAGAACAAGUCUUGAAAGAACGAGGUUCCAGACCAGUAUCUUACUCUCAUUGGCUCAAGAUUGAUGCGGAGGAGAAGGUAAGAGGAGAAAAGAACGGCAAACCCCGGGAGAAGCUGACUUCCAUCGAAGAGAUGCUCCACUAUGCUUUCAGAUAGGGAACAGGGAUAGGCCAAGAUAAGCAGGUACAUUAGUCUUAAUCUAGCAGUGUCUGCUGUGGUCUGAAUGACCCACAUUUAUCUGUUCAUUAUUAACACAUUGACUCUCCGAGGCAAAUUGAGUGAAAAGAACGGAAGGUUUUUCCGAAGUUCGUUGUUGAGAAUGUCCACAUUAAGUAGCUCCCUUGCCUUUGCCUCAUUAAGGGUCAUGACACCGUAAGUACUUGCGUAAUUAAGCUUUGACAGCUUAGCUGUUGAUUGCAUUCAAAAGACUGAUACGUCUUGACCACAUAGGCCCAGAAUUUGCAGUUGUUAGAGUUGGUGCAAAAUAAUUAGAGUCAGGUUUUUAAAGGAGUUUAAAGGAGUUUUCCUUGAGGAUCAUGCAUCUGAAUUGGUUACUUUUCCACAAUCCAACUGGAUACCUCGGUAUCCAUUUUUGGAUUGAACUAUUUUCUCAGGUAGUAUCAGUGAAAAGCUAGAAAGCUUUGCUUAUUUAAGAUACAGGGGUUGUGUUCCGUCAGAUGUGACCAAAAACCAAUGUCAUAGAAUUCUCUCUACUCUGGCAACACAAACUUUUAACGGAUUGUACAUGGAGCAUUUGUGUUGCCUCAUCAAUCAUAAUCAUAACACACAUCCUCCUGCACAAUGAACAGGCCUUGCAUGCCUAUGGAGACCAGAGUAUGUUUGUGUAUCUAAUCCAUUAGGGGCACACAAAGACUAACGAUAUCUACAGUUACAUUUGCGAAGCCCAAUGGAACUAUUUAUUGAAAGGAGUAAUUGCAUUUACCCACAAAUCAUAGUAUAUCUAGCGCAUGCUCUAUUUGUACAACUCAGUUGUUGGCUAGUUGAACCAAAUCCCCAUAGCUUAGGCCUAUGUUCAGUUACUGCAGCAUUGAGCAAACAACCAAUGGUUCUAUAAAGCCAUGGAAUAGAAUUUAAACAUCUCUGAAAAGACCUUAUCAACACAAACAUUUAACUGGCUGGGGUGGUGUACAAUAGAUUCUUAUUUGUGUUGUUUUGUUUUGUUCAUGUUUUGUUAUGUUUUAUAACAGUAGUAUUUGUUUUGUUUUCUUUUAUUUUACGUUUUAAUCUGUACAAUAACUUACGAAAACCACGAGUAGACUUGAUGAAUAAAUAAAUGAUCAUGUUGAUUGUUGUCAAAAAAAAUAACAAUAUUUUGUAAUGCAAUUCGGAUUACAUAAAUUAAAAAAGGGUUCAUACAAAACA